CAUUUAACCUACGCAGGUCAGAAUUUCAGUUUUAUUAUUGAAAAUGAAUGAUUGAUGGCAUUCUGAUGGUAGUGUGGAUUUAUGAAAGUAAGAAACGAUUAGUGAAAGCAUUUUUUAUGGUUUGUCCAGAGGGUCGACCUUCUAGGGGGAAUCAGCUGAUCGGGUUUGCGCAGUGCGCAAAUUGUGCGAGGGGUGGGGCCCGCGACGGCGGCGGCGGCGGCGGCGGCGGCGCCCGGGAGAGUCGCGCGCGGAGAGCCGCCGCGCCACCGCGCCUCCCGGAGCCUCCGCGCGCGAGCUAUGAGCCCCGGCCGCGCGCCGCCCGCUCCGCCCCGCACACGCCAGCCGCUGUUAUGAGAGAAAUACAUUGCGUGCCCGAUUCAUGCACACCAGUGUUAGAUAUGUCAAUUGAGGAGGUAAGCGGGAAGGGGCCGAAGAAGAGGAAAAAGUCGGUGGAUCAUAUCUGUGAUAAUGAGGCGGGCGCGGAGGACGGCGCGGUGCGGCUGCUGCACUGGCGGGACAUGCCGCGCCACCUGCAGUUCAACCCGUACGUGCUCACCGGCUACCGCCCGCUGCAGAGCUGGGCCGGCUGUGUGCGCAGCCUCUUCUACUUCCACAACGAGACCAUCAACAUACUCACGCACGGCGUGUCGCUGGUGUACAUCAUGUGGGUGCUGCCGGGGCUGCUGCCGUGGGGCGGCGGCGGCGGCGCGUGGUUCCUGUCGCUGUGCCACCUGCUGGGCGCGCUGGCGCCCUGGUGCGGCUCGUUCCUCUACCACCUGUUCAUGAACCACGCCCGCGGCGCCGAGCUCUACCACCGGCUCUUGCAGCUCGAUAUGCUCGGCAUAUGGGUCUCGCAGAGCAUUGGCGCCAUCCCGAUGGUGACAGCGACGGUGUACUGCGCGCCGGCGCCGCUGCGCUGCCUGGCGUUGGCCGUGUACUGCCUCGGCAGCAUGCUCGGCCUCUACAAGGCGAUGCGCGCGUGGUCGCCGUGGGAGCGGCGGCUGUGCUUCGCGGCGCCCUUCUGCAUGCGCGUGCUGCUGGCGGGCGCGCGCGCGGCGCGGCUGGGCGGCGGCGCGCACGACGCCAUCCUGCACGUCUUCCUGCAGGACGCGGUGUCGCUGAUCGGCGGCGUGAUCGGCGCCAUGCACGUGCCGGAGAAGUGGUUCCCGGGCGCCGUGGACCGCUGCCUCAACUCACACAACAUCAUGCACGUGCUCGUCGUGCUCGCCGUCUACUCCAUGCACCAGGUGACGACGCUGGACCUGGCAUGGAUGGCGCGCGGGGACUGCCAGCUCUGACGCGCCGCCCCCGCCCCCGCCCCCGCCCUCGCGCCCGCGCCGCACACACACCCCUCACACACCAUCAUCUCCCGCUUUAUGUCAUACGUACUUUAAACACAUAUCUGUAAGAAUUAUUUGAUAUAGGUAUGGCAAUAAUUACAAUUACUGAACGGCAACAGUUAUGUUUAUGAAUGGAAACGGAAUUGUCUUGUAUAUUGCUCUUAUCGAGACAUGUUAUAAUUUUUUCUUGAUAUUAAUACUAAGGUAACGCUCAAGCGUGUAGUGACUGAUGUUCAAGUACAAAACAAUUUCGAAGCGAGAUUUAAUUAAUAUUCUAUAAUUGUGAUUCUGUGUGUGUCCACAAAGUUUGAUGUGUUAAGUUUUCAUGGAGAAAGUUUUCGCUCAGUUUUUCCUACAGUCAUUAGGUAGGUAUUAGCUUAAACUUCUGUUUAUUUCACGAGACGGUAUAUUAGUUAUAUGUAUUAAAAUUCAGUGUAGAUAGGCACUUGUCAUUGAAAACAUAGUUAUAGGAAAAGGAAAUUGAGGAAAACCUCAGCUUACAUUCCAAUAAUAUACCUACUCUUACCUACUACUGACGUAGUAAGUAGUUGACAAUAUCACGGCCUAUGGAAUAUUAAUUAUACCUAGUAGAUCGGAUAGUUUAUUGUAAUGAAUUAAUUAUUUCUUGUCAUUAACUGAGUAGGUAACGUUAUGGUUAAUUAAUAACAAAACUAAGUACUGCAAACUGUAGAUUCAACUAUUGAACCGUAACUAGGUGCCAAUAUCUUUGCUAUUACACCUUAGUGGAGUAACAAGGCAAUCGUCACUAACAUAAUCAGUCUCGAAUUAACCUAUUUAGAUCUUGGUAAUAAUUCCUCACGGUAUCGAUUCAAGAUUUCGACAUUGCCUUGUCUCUCCCACAUAUAAAUAUAUAUAUUGCUACUGGAUAUUUAUGAUUACUACCUACCAACCGACCUGAAUCAUAACGGUCAUACUAAGUGACUUGGCGUGAUAAAAGUGAUUUGAAGACGAUGAAAAUACUACAAGAUAUUUCUCUUGUACUUAGGUAUACCGUACACCAAUGGCAAUUACUUAGUUUGAUUGUAAUGAGACUGAGAACAAACGAUUGAAUUAUUGUGGCAUGAAUGAGCAGUAAAAAUGGAUCUGCAUCUUCAAUAAAAGUAUUAAUUGAAUCUAACAAGCUAAAAUAUUAGAUCUCCAUCACAUAGACAUAGUACAGCAAUAACAUUACCAAGUCACUGCUUAUACUAAUAAACAAAGUAUUACCAGCAUACCUAGUAAUAAUCUACUAACAGGUCUUUCGAGCAUAACUCCCCGUAACAAUAUUUAAAAUCGUAGUAUUGUAAAUACAUAACUACUAAGUACAUAGAUAAUAAAAAUAUAACUAAAUUAUUAGGUGAUUCGAACAGAUAAGUAGUAAAAAUACUUUAUUAAUGCAGCCCAUAUUAAUUAUAAGGGCUUAGAUCCGUUACAUUUACAUUAGACAUGUAGUUAGUCGGGUGAAUCAUCUCAGCUAGGUGAUCGCUUUGCUAGAUUACUUAUACUAAAGUAUCUACUUACUUCUUACACUAUCAGCCAAGCAAAUGAAUGCUAUUUUGAACAAACUGCAUUUUCGAAAUUUAAUUCCUUCCGAACUAAUGUCGUAAGAUUUAAAAUUAGCCUGUUUAAAAUCUUUUCAUCCUACUAGUUACAUUAAAUGUAGAGUUAACCUACCUAUCUACUCGCAUUCUUCUAUCUCGAAGUGCGAUGUUGUUAAGAACGAUUCCAUUAGUCGAUAUUGUUUGAUAAGGAUCCAGAAUAAUAUUAUGGUAGUGUAAUACCUUCAGUGACCAAUUGAGUGGUAUAUUUUUUAUACUCUCGGUGUUGUGUGCUUAUAGCCUCGUCGCCGCGGCCAGGAGGUCACUCUAGCCUACGGAAACGAUAUAACGAUGGUCGGAUAAGGUUAAUGCAAUUGCAAUGUUUCCAUAGACUGUAGAGUGACCGCGCCGCCGCCGCCGCCGCCGCCGCUUGUAGUCCUCCCGCUAGAUGUUCACACUUAGUUCUCGACGGGGAAUCUAGUAUAGAGUAGUUAGAUAGUUUACAAGCAAUAAAUAAAAUAAAUUUAUUAAGAAAUUUGACAAAAGUAGCCAAGAAACUUACCUACUCGUAAUAGGUAUUUUCUUUACGACUAAAUGGAACUAAUGAUUGAUGCUCAGGUUGACUUGUUUAAAUAGGUACUUAGCAUUGUUAAUGUGGCUUUAAUAAUCUACUUUUGUCAAAGUUCCGUUGUUUAAUACUCAUUUAUCAAUUGAAGUAGAUUUAGACAAAUCGAAGUAUACCUACCUGGACUUGGAAGAUUCUCAAUUAAAGUAACUGGACUCCAUCCACACAGCUGUGGGCAGCAACUGAUUAGGUGCCACACAUCUACCAUUCAAAGUUGGUUCAAUUAUAGCGCUGCUAAUCUUGCACAUUCAUUAAAAUUAUAUGACUUUGAAUUGAAAAGCAGUAAAAUUUAAGCUAUAAUAGAUGGCAGUAAAGCGACAGAAGUGACCAGCUAUCACCAUUGAACCUAUCCGUAUGCAGAGCUACUGAUCUGUCAAACAUCAUGUCCAUUGUCCAAUGUUCGAUGGUGGUGUGGUGGAUAUGGAUAGAUCCCUGCGCUCUGCCACUGCUCCAAAGAUUUUUGAACUUUUGAACUUUGAACUUCAGUAGUCUGUGACUGCUCCCUGCAGCUCCCGUACCACCACCACCCACCAACACUCACGUCACUUGCCACACUUUAGUUUCAUUAUAUUUUUGGAAAAUCUAUUGAAGCAAUAUACCUACCUACUUACCUACCUAUUUACAAUAGACGAAAAUUAUUUUUGUGAAAUAGCUCUUGUGAGUACAAACGUGAAAUUACUACACUUAUUUGUAUAAUAAACUCAUAAUUUCCAUUCCAUUAAAACCUACCUACACCAUAUUAUACUAUAUACAUUCUAAUGUUUUAAUAGUGAUUAACUAUUUCAAGUAUAUACCUUAUAUAUUUUUUUAAAUAUUGAUUUAAGUACUUAUGAGUUUUUUGUUUAAAAUAAGUACCUAUAUGUAAUUAUGAAGUAACUGAUAGUAUUACUCCUUGAAAUAUUUUUCUUCCCAUAGUCGCAUAUUUUUCAUUAAUGUUGGUAAUGAAAUAAUAACCAUGAAUAUAAUAUCCGUCUGGUCUAUUUCCAUAAAUAAACAAAUUAAACAUUGCGAAUAACAAUGAUAAACUUCUGUAUUUUUAUAGUGCUACUCCUACUAUGUUAAUACUUAUUAUUAUAAUACUUUAUUUAAAUUUAAAGACGUAUCAAUUUCUGGCGUUGUUCUUGUCUUGUUAUUAGAUUAUUAUUGUAUAGCUGGGUUAUAGUCAAAAAUUCAAGUGACUGUAUUUUUUGUCGUAGGUACCUUAGAUAUAUUUAUAUCAAAUAAAGUGAAUAAGUUAAUUACUUACUACACUAGCAAUAUUUAAGUUUUCCAUGUAUCCAAAAUUUUAUUCACUCUUAUCAAUUAUUCAGUAAAAAUAUGCAUGAAUGCAGGCACUUUUUUGACUAUGACCCAUCUACUAUUUUCCUACUUUCAUGUACUAAAAUUCUUCAAUUAGUAAUUUACCUAUAUACCUAUUCCCAAAGUUAACUUUAAAACCGUUAAAUGUUUGGGUAACUCUAUGGAAAUGAGUAACGUAGAAAUACAUUUGGAGUGAAUAUAGAUGCCAAUGCCGUAUAUAAAUUGUCUUGCCACGGUCAUAACUACUACCUAUACAACACACAGGCUACAUUGUACGUGUUUUGAGAAUACCUUUACAAACUACAAGAUUUAAUUAAGUAUAUUAUUUUGUACGUACUUGGAAAAAAUAUGAUUCUUCUGAAUUUCAUUAUGUCUAAAUUCAUGAAAACUGAAUUAGGUAUAUGAAUGUCACUAGAGUGAACAUCAUAUGCGUACAUAGGCAGAGUUGAGGCUCGUAAACAAAUUUUAAUCUUGACAUAUAAAACUUAUUCGUUACCUAUGUAUAUUAAAAGUGAUCCAAAUAAGCUAUACAUGUGAGUUACCCAAAUCACGUACCCUUUGUGUAGAUAAUUUGUUGACGCAGUUGCGAUUCAUAAACUGUAAAGAGGAUGGCGAGAAUAUUAAAGUUUCAUAACAGUCAUAAUAAUUA